UGGGAGGAACCAUCGAUGCAGGCAGGGGGGCCUGGGCCAAUGCGGGGAGCGCGGCGGGCCGCGGUUCGCUUUUCUUCCCCUCCCCGAAACUGCUUCCUCCGCACUCCGCGUUCCGUGGUCGCCCCUUCUCCCGGAGGGGUCGGCUUCCCCUCCCGCAGAGGGGGCCUCCCCCCUCUCCACGGGCUCGCUGGCGCAGUGGUCCAGUCCAGCGCCUCCUGGGCGACAGGAGCGACAAGAUGGCGGCAGCGGUGGCGGUGCGGAGGCUUUUGGGGCCGCUCUGAGGGCGGCUCCCCGGCGGGGCGGCGGGCGAUGUCGGACUCGGAGGCGGAGGAGGAAGGCGCCGACCGGCAGCUGAAGUUCGUGGUGUUGGGCGACGGCGCCUCCGGCAAGACCUCCUUAGCUACACGUUUUGCUCAAGAAGCUUUUGGAAAGCAAUACAGGCAAACCAUAGGACUUGAUUUCUUUUUGAAACGAAUAACACUUCCAGGAAAUGUAAAUGUUACUCUUCAAGUAUGGGAUAUCGGAGGCCAAACAAUAGGAGGCAAGAUGUUGGAUAAAUAUAUCUAUGGUGCACAGGCUGUCCUUUUGGUAUAUGAUAUAACCAACCAACAGAGCUUUGAAAACUUAGAAGAUUGGUAUAAUGUUGUAAAGAAGGUCAAUGAAGAGUCAGAAACUCAACCACAUGUGGCCCUUGUAGGCAAUAAAAUUGAUUUGGAACAUCUACGGACCGUAAAGGUUGAUAAACAUCUUCGAUUUUGCCAGGAAAAUCAUUCUAGCAGCCAUUUUGUGUCAGCAAAGACAGGCGAUUCUGUCUUCCUGUGUUUUCAAAGAAUUGCAGCCGACCUUCUUGAUGUCAAAUUAAACAAAGCAGAAAUAGAGCAAUCACAGAGCGUCGUGAAGGCGGACAUUGUGAACUAUAGCCAGGAGCCUGCGACAAGAACCGUUAACUCCCCUCGGAGCUCCAUGUGUGCAGUUCAGUGAGCGUUCUCUCUUUUUCUCUGUGGCGCUCCUUUGGCUGCUGCCCCCGCGCAGGCAGUGGGGCUGCCGGAAUGUUGAUUCAACAGGGAACAGGGCUGCAGUGCAUUUAGCAGCUUCAAAAACUCACUCACUACCCAGGCAGCUUUGAAUAGCCAAGAUUCAAAUGUUGGGACCACACACUUUGAAAACAUACAUAUUCUUAUUCAUACAUAUACUUCAAUAAAGGAGGGUGAUUGUGUAUAGAGAUACUUUUACAUAUAUUGUCAGAAUGUCUGAAGGGUGAGUGCAACACGUGUAAAUUAAACAGGAUGGGAAGAGGUGUGUGAAAUAAAGCAAUGCAGUGACAAU